GGAACGGAACGGAGUAGAACGAAAUGAAUCGGAUCAGAUCGGAGCAAGCUGUAUCGUGGGGUAUGGUAGUGAAUAGCAAGAAAGGAAAGUAGGGGUAGAAAUGGGUUGGAAAAAGAGGGAGAGAAAGAGAAAGAGAUGUGGGGUCGGUAAAGAAAACGCUAUAGUAAGAGAUAAUGUUUCUCCCACUCUUGAGGCCCAAGCUUUCCGAGUCCGUUUGCAUCGGUCAGUUCGUUAGUAAUUACGCGGCUGGAGAUACGUUAGGAUAUACAUAGUAGUUGAUUGUGUGAAUAAACGUUGGGUGUGGCGUUUGUUUUUAAAAUGUUUAGUGCACGAUUAUCGAUGGUUUAUCCUUAUGAGGAUUAGUGUCGAAAUACAGAAGAAGAAAAAUGUUGGAUUCCUACACGCAGUCGCAGGUUGAAGCAAGCUUGUGAACGUCUCGAAAGUAUCCGCGCUAACGGGGCCCGUAACGCUAAAAUCGAAUACCUAUAACAUUUCUGUCUGUAAUCAUAGAAAAAUGAUUAAUUUUCGACAGAUUCUCAAUUAUCAUACACUUUUACGGCAUCGAGUUGAUACGUUUAAAAGUUUACGUACAUCUUAUGCUUACAGAACUGUUAGUGCGUGGUUCUGAAAAUUCAUCGAUACAUGUUCAAGUGCAAAAAAGAUCGUAUUGUUUAUUAACUUAUUCGAUGUAUUAUUUGUUCGUCAAAUAUUUUACGAACCGAGAAGUUUUUUUAUUUUCCGUUCGGUAAAGUGUACAGUUUCAUUUAGAUCGUCCUUCGCUACUCCGUUCUUUUGCAUUUCGUUCGUCUGCGUUGGAAGAAUGACAGUCUCGGAAGAGUAAAACGUUUCGCGCCAAGAACGAUUGACUGUCGGGCAAGCAUCUGGUACGAGAAGAUCGGACAAUCACGGCAAGUUGUAAGGAUGUAGUAUCGUGCGGAGGGUACUCGAGCGUGUUCGAAUUACUCGAGCGCGCUUUUAAGGUUUUAAGACCGAACUCUGUCGAAGAAGAAUGGCCACGGAGCUGGCAAAUAAGAAAGCUGAGCGCGAAGCUCUGCGUGGCGUAAUUCAACAAUGGAACGCCAAUAGAUUGGAUCUGUUUGAACUUUCGGAACCGAACGAGGAUUUGGAGUUUCACGGUGUAAUGAGAUUUUAUUUUCAAGACAGCGGUCAGAAAGUGGCGACAAAAUGUAUUAGGGUAGCAUCAGAUGCGACGAGUCAAGCGGUGAUCGAAACUUUAAUUGAAAAAUUCCGUCCAGAUAUGCGAAUGCUCUCGGUUCCGGAGUAUGCGCUUUACGAAAUACACGAAAACGGCGACGAACGUAAACUCGGUCUGGAUGAGAAACCACUGCUGGUGCAGCUAAAUUGGCACAUCGAUGAUCGAGAAGGACGUUUUCUGUUGAGGAGGAUCGAUGAUAAGACGAACGCGCAAGGCGUAGGCUUCUCUUCUUCGGAGGGGUCCAGCUUUCGUAGAAAGCUGAGCAAACGGGAAAAGAAACAGAUGAAGAAACAAGAAAAACUGAGUCGCCUAAAGAGUUUGGAACAAGAGGAAAACACAGUGCCCCUCGAUCAGAAUGGCGUGGCUGAAAAAUUGUACACGGAAUUGCCGGAAACUAGCUUUACCAGAAGCAUUUCGAAUCCGGAAGCCGUGAUGAGGAGGCGACGUCAGCAAAAGUUGGAAAGAAAACUGCAGCAGUUUCGCAGCAAGGAUGGUGGCCCGGACACCGGUGGGACAUUGAAGAUUUACGGCGAAGCGCUUUGCAAGGAUGUACCGUAUAAAACGCUACUUCUGAGCGUACGAGAUUCAGCGGUUCACGUUGUGCGAGAGAUGCUCUCCAAAUACGGUUUAGAGAAGGUUGAUCCGCAGCAGUAUUGUCUCGUGCAGGUAAAUAGCGAACACGUUAACGGAGGAUCUCAACAGGAAUACAUAUUGGACGACGACGAAUGCCCUCUAGCUAUUCUCAUGAACCAUCCUUCUGCACGAGGUUCCAUCAUGUUUCAUGUCCGAAGAAGGCCUGCCGAUUACGUGCCUCGGAAACGGAAGAAAAAGCCUAGUGGCAAGUGGAACGAACUCGAUCACAGAUACGAAGAUGAAAGAUUGCCCUUUUUACUGGAAUUGAAUCCUGACGGGAGCGACGUUCCAAAUGGAGCUGGUGCAAGACAUCGGUUACAACCUAACGUGACGGAGGUGGGUUCGGAAAGACCGAUAGGCCCUCAAGCUGUUCAAGCUCAAACUCUCACGUUGACUGGACCGACUGUUAUGCCGAGACACUGUGUGAUCGCUUUUACGGAAAAUAUCGUUACUCUCACCCCUUGCUCCAGGGAUGCUCACACAUACGUGAACAACCAACGGAUACAUCAAACGACGAUACUCCAGAACGGAGCGAUCGUGAAAUUCGGCAGACUGCAUACCUUUCGGUUCAUCGAUCCGGCACCCGAAGAACGCAUCAGACAACGACACGAGUCUACGAGGCAAAUCGAAUACGGUUACGAUCGCUUGCUUCUGUACCGUAGACGCUCGCCAGACUUGACUGGUCAGGAGACAAACGUGGAGCGAUACGGCUCGACAUCCGGCACUCCGAACAGCGGACAGAAUCAAGGGUCGCAGAAUCAGGGCCAGGCGAAUCAAGAACAAGCUUCUCAUCCAUCUAGUCCGAGCAAAUCGACGACUAAUUCCGCUGUUGGUCAUCCUCAAAGUCCGACGCACGCGUCAGAGUCCACCCAUAAUUACGAGACUACGUUUGAUCUCGAUGGAAACGUUGAGACUGCCAGUUUAACCAGCAGCAGAGACGGUAACAGGACGUUGCAAAAUGAUCGGCAAGUACGUGGCACGGAUCCAAUUUUGCCAGCCGUGCUGGAGUUCCUGGAGGAAACGGAGGAAACGUUUUUCCACGCGGUGAUCACGGACGUGGAACCGUCCGCGCCUCAAUUCAAACUUGCACCAACGUAUACGCUUUAUCUGGCAGCGAGGUAUCGGGCAAGUACGCAUUACAGGCCAGAGCUACAACCGACGGAAAGGGCGCACAGGUUGACCGUGAUGCUGGCGAAUGUUGCCACCAUGAUACAACGCGUGAUACAGGAACGAUACAUGGACGCGUCUUCUCUGGCGCUGUGGUUGGCAAACGGGUCAGAAUUAUUGCACAUGCUGAAGAACGAUCGACACGUGGGUGCGUUCUCGACAAGAGCGCAAGACAUUCUGACGGAAGCUGUUCACGCUGCAUUCGCAUCUUUAGUGCGAUGUAUAUCUUUGGAGCUAGCUCCUGCAAUGUCUCAGUUCAUGGCUGACGCCGACGAGCCUGCGAAAGAGGCCGGGGUUUUACAAAUAUUUUCCAACACGAUGGCUCUGCUAAGGCGGUGCAGAGUAAAUGCCGCUCUCACUAUUCAAUUGUUCAGCCACUUGUUUCACGCGAUCAACGCGACAGCUUUCAACUCGUUGGUCUCGAAUACGAAUUUGUGCGUCCGAUGGUUCGGUCGUCGAUUGAAAGCAAGAUUGAACGCGCUCGAGACCUGGGCCGAGAGGCAGGGUCUCGAAUUGGCGAGCCAGUGCCAUUUGGCGACGAUCAUGCAAGCGACGCACUUGCUACAGGCGCCGAAAUACAACGCGGAGGAGCUUGCAACCUUAAGCUCCACGUGUUUCAAAUUGAAUUCUCUUCAGGUCAGGGCGUUGUUACAAAAGUAUCAACCAGCCGCUGACGAACCGAGACUUCCAGCGGAACUGAUCGAGAACGUGGUACGAGUAGCGGAGAGUGUGGCCGACACGCUAGCGCGUGCUGACGGCAGAGAGAUUCGACUCGAGGAAGAACCAACGCUCGCGUUGGCGCUUCUUCUGCCCGAGGAUGGGUACAGUUGCGAGGUGAUACGCGGAGUUCCACCAGGAUUAGCAGAAUUCUUAGCACCGUUGCAACGAGACGGUCUAUGUCGAAUGGCUCCGCAGCCUACGAGCAGCGGAUACUGGACCAUAUACAUGAUCGAUCAUCACAACAAUUUUCGCAGUCCCAGCGCGAUGAGUAACAGAUCCGGUAGCGGCUAUUCCUGUAACGCAGGAGGACCAAAUUCCUCUCAGCCAGAGAUACACGUGAUCAAAUUACACAAAUCUACCAACGGGAUGGGUUUGAGCAUUGUCGCGGCAAAGGGCGCCGGUCAAGAUAGGCUGGGAAUAUAUAUAAAAAGCGUGGUUGCAGGUGGUGCCGCCGAUGCUGAUGGUAGAUUGACGGCUGGCGAUCAACUGCUCAAGGUUGACGGACAAAGUUUAGUUGGAAUUACUCAAGAAAAAGCCGCCGAGUAUCUGGUGCGCACGGGACCGAUAGUGACCCUCGAAGUUGCCAAGCAGGGUGCCAUAUAUCAUGGUUUGGCUACUUUAUUGUCGCAACCGUCACCGGUUAUGAGCAGAGCAGCGCACAAGGUUCGACCCAAGUCCGAGCACUUGGAAACUCCAAAGGUACAAGAAGCAAGCGACGAGCAUCCGUCCAGCUCGCGUUCGAUGGGUAAUUUAUUGGAUGCGCCAAGGCUGACGGCAAUUACUUUGCCAGACCGUUCGGUCGAUCCAGUGUCAGGACCUCGCCGCAUGAGCGAACGAGAUUUACCAUCGCGACUUGGACGCGACGUAACCGCUCCUCAGCAACAAAUGCAUACCAGCAAGUCCGUGCCAGCGUUGCACAACGUAGGUACCGAUGGUAAGCAACAGCACGAGGUAUUCAACCCUGGUUAUAGCAGAGCAUCUUCCAGUAAUAGCGUUACUCCGCCAGUCACCCAGCCGUUGCCAAUGAACGCCAUUAAUGGCUCAACGUCGUUACGUUCUCGUUCCAGUCAUAAUUUACACGACCCGACGAGAAUCGGUACGUUACCGCCGAGCGGUCUUCUGGUCGGUAGACAACAAUCCUCUCCGAAUUUGAAUCCUGGUCAAGCAACAACGAAUAACAAUGCUUCGAGUAACGUUAACGCGGCCUUGAACGUGCUUCAAGGUAACGAAGCUGAAAGGUUUUAUCAGAAUUUGAGUAUCUACAGGAAUCAAGACGGCACGGCGAAACAACGAUAUAGUCCAUCUCAACAUUUGGAGGAGAGAAAUCUUCUGCAGCCGCAGAAGAACUCGAGAGGUUCGCAAAAUUCUUUGAAUCGACCGGGAACGUUUGAAACUAGCCAAAUCAGAGACCGUCCAAUAUCCGCUUACGUACCUCAAAACCAACAACAGUCUUAUUUAGGCGGGCAAUCGCAGUCGCAGUCGCAGUCGCAGUCGCAAUCGCAAUCGCAAUUGUAUUCGCAACAAGGAUGCGCACCGCCACCUCCGAGAUCUCAGUCCUCGCGAGACAUGAUACGACAGGAAGCAAAACUUCAGGAAAUGCAGGAAGAAGUGAGAAGACGAGAAUUGCGGGGUGGCGUGCCAGUUCCAUCGAAUCAAUAUCGACCAAAUACCGCGUACAAUGUAAAAGCAAAUACGAUUGCAUCGACAAGUUCCUCCGUUCGUCCGACGAAAUCUCUUGGUUCUCAACCAAAUUUGGGAUCGAGUCCACCGGUGACGGUGCCCACAUCUCCAAUUUCGGUAUCCAGCCAUAGCGCGAAACAAGUUGGUACCUCGAGUUACGGUUACUUGGAUCCGCAGUAUGGAUCGUACAUGAUCCAACACAGCAAGUCUCCGCAUAUGCAUCCGCAUCAACAUCAACACCAGCAUCAGCAUCAAUCUCAAUCUCAAGCUCAACCUCAAUCUCAGCCUCAGUCUCAACCUCAACCUCAACCUCAACCUCAACCUCAACCUCAACAUCAGCAUCAACACCCGCAUCAAUACUCUCAUCAACACCAAUACCAACAUCCGCAUUACCAUCACCAUCAGAACAUGCAACAGCAGAACUUUGUGCACGUCCAAUACGGCACUACGCCUCCAUCGAGAGGAAAAAGCGAAUUGACGCGAUUACAACCGAAUGGAAUGAUGCUCGAAUAUGGAAGAGAUCAGAACUCUCAAGAAACUGAUCAAAGUCAACGUCUUACCAUUGGAUCGCAGUAUUAUUUAAAUGGAAAUUCGGACGUACGAAACGAACAGUACGUUGGUGAAAAUAGCAUGAAUAGAUCACAGAUCGCGGCAGAAGGUAAUACUUUGAUGACUAAUGAGAUGACUCCGAUUAGACCCACCCUUCCGGAAGAGGGAUACACCGAAAGCCCUCCGCCACCGCCACCAAACACUUCGACUCAUCCUCUUUAUAACAAACAGUCGGAUUCGAGAUACACCGCGAGUAUGCAGGAUCCUCCUCGCGGCGGAUAUUACCCGGCUAACGGGAUGGGAAGCGCGUUGCAACCGCGUCAGUAUCAGUACAGUGCCACGAAUCCUUGGCAGCGAGAAGAAAGAGAAAAGGAACAAGCGCGCAGAAGGGAAGCGGCAAGACAAUGGCGGGACCAACAAAUAGCGGAAUUAAGCGCGUUACCUCAUAGAACUCCCCAACAGGAAGAACAGCUUAGAGCGCUCCAGUUGGAGAGGGAUUUUCAAAAGAGAGCCGAAGAGGUCGCUAAUCAACAAGACGAUGACGAGGAAAGCAAUGAUUUGGACGCAGAGAGUAUACAGCGACUUCAAGGGUUGCUUCGUACAACGACGGUUCAAGAACGAAACAAUGCAUCGGAACCACAGGUCAAUCUGUCCAGAAACAACGUGGCCAAUCAAUCCGUCAGAGGAAACUAUGCUGCACAAAGCCUGGAUAGAACCGUGCAUGGUACGAGUAUUAUCACGCACGGGGCUGACGCAUCGCAAACUUCCCAAAACGUUCAAACGAAUUGUUUAAGCCAGCAAGAAAACUCUAAUUCCCAUUCGUCGUCGAACUUUCAACACGAGCAAAGCAUGCAAAUGCAAAAUAGUGCCGGACAAAUGCAGAUAUCAUCCUUAAUUCAAUCGAAUACUGCUCAAAAGUCCGGCUCCCAUGGUCCUAUUCAGUCCAUCGAAGACAAAGAUAUGCAUCGUAGAUCAGAUGAGAUUAAACGAAGGCAGUUGGAACUCGAUGAAGUUCAGAAAAAGAAAGAGGAAGAUGCUAAUAAGCAGCAACAAAUUCAACAGAUGUAUCAACAGCAGCAACAACAGCAUCUCCACCAUCAUCACCAUCAUCAUUUGCAGCAACCCCAAUCUCAUAUCAAGAGUCAACAAAUGUUACAUCCUAAUAUGUUACGGUUGGAUAACUUGUCCAUUAAUGGACUCACCUCGUCUUCUACACAAAAUGGUAAUAACGACGCGCCUCUGCCACCGGAACGAGGUUCCAGUUUUGCGGUGAUGUCGCAGACUGGGGUACUCCGAUCGAACAAUUCAAAUUCAUCGAAUAUUAUGACAUUAACUUCCCCGCAAUCAACGACCGUCAAGAGAGUCUCCUUUCAUGAUUCGAACGCAAACGUGGAAUCAGUACAACGAAAUGUAUCGUCUGGAAAUUUAACCGCGAUUCCGUCCACAACUAUGGAUGUCAUUUCAGAAGAUCCAAACAUUUUCAUCAACGAUGCUGAAAUGUUAUUGGCAUCUCCAAAGACGCCCGAAGGACCUGGUAUACCAAUUAGCGGUAGUACACCUGGCGUGAUAGGCGCUCAAGAAGUUUACAAGGAUCCGAGGCAAAGACGACUUGCCGAAAAGCAAAAACAACAGCAACAAAAUUCUCAAGUUGGACCAGUACCUGAGAAACUAAGUUUCAAGGAGAAAAUGAAGAUGUUUGCGAUGGAAACGGGAGAAGAUGGAACACCACGGGAUAAGGUGAAAAUUUCGCGUGCUCAACGCGAAAUAGAUAACAUAGGUAAUCCUACUACUGCACUGAUCAGCAAUAACGGCAACAACAGCAGUAAUAAUUACAACAACAAUAACGGUAACAAUAUCAAUGCCGUUACUACUAACAAUACAAACAAUAGCAACAGCAGCAGCAGCAGCAGCAGCAGCAACAACAACGCUCAUAACAAUAGGAAUUAAGACUGAACAUCGAAAUUUAUUUUCUGUAUAAUGAUACCGGAUAACAUUAGUAACAGGAAUAGAUUCAACAGAAAUAACUGGUUCACUGAUCCAACUUUUUUAUCACGCAGUAAGUCAAAUAAACGAUAUGGUUUAUUUUUAAUGAUAUAUCGUUCGAUAAGAGUACACGCCGAAUUUAUUUUCCACCACUACCGAGCCCGGGAAAAGAAAGAUAAAUAUGAAACUAUUUGUAACAAACGCAUUCCGACGAUGAAACGAUUCCUGGUUGUCUGUGCCUAUACGACAGCAAUUCCGCAACUAUUCGUGUUUCAUGCAUCUGACUCGACUCGUUCGAAACAGGACCAAUUUAAAGUUGAUGUUUUCAUAAUUAGACAUAGCAUGGAAUAAAAGUUUGCGACGAAGUGUCACUUUGGACUUCAGAAUUGUUGUUGCAUCAAUUUCGCUAAGGCAACGUAUGAUUAUAUUGAAAAAGGUUAUAUGUCACGAAUGUACAUAGAUAGUAUUAGUUUAAUUUUUAGAGUUACUUGUUAUGUACGAUGUUGUUUCGUAUUUAUACAUACAUAUAUUCGUUAUUACGCGUAUCAAGUACAGAGUACUUUAGGCAACGCGUAUGCGCACGCACGUUUUUCGUUUAUUCAGCCAACAGAUACAAUAGCUUUAAUGCGAUCGUUUGAUAGAACGUGCACCGAUUAAUCAAAUAGGCAGCUUUAAGUAAAUCAAUGAUGAGAAUAUUAGAGUGAUACACGUUCGGUAUUAUAGAAAAAUUUCAUCUCAGAACAGUAGAUUAUGGUUAAUUAUUAUAUUAUAUCGUAGAUCGAGAAAAGGCGACUAAAAUUGCAUUCUUUGUUAGGUACUGUUCCCCGCUCUAAGCCUCGGUUUAUCGCAGUUACGUUUAAUAACGUUUCAGCGAAAUUUCAUUCCAUUGCGUUAUCUUUGUCGACGCUGAUCACUUAUGCAAUUAUUUCUCGUUAGUGUUUCUAAAGAGAAAAUCAACGACCAUAGAGUGACUAGAUUUAAGCGAAUGAUCGAAACUCUUUAACAUUUCCCUUAUAAUCUUUUGUUCGUUAUUCUGAUUUUCCGAUCAACAGUUGAUCGCAAUGUUCUUACAUUGCCAUUUUAAAAGAAAGCGUGAAGAGUAUAAGAAGAUGAAGAAAAAUUAGGGAGAAAUGUGCAGUGAAUAAAAAUAUUUUCUUUGUUGUGUAUAGCAAACAUAAAAUAUUGUAUCUGCACUAUA